UCAUCAGAUCGAGAUGACCGCCAACUUCAUUUCCGAACCAAGCUUAUUCAGCGAACCUUUGAACGUUUUGGCGCGCAAUGCCAUCACGGAAGCCGAACAAUUUCAUUAGUCGCCAGCGAUCGCUUACCGAAUGCACGCUACCGAUUUCAUAUUAUGCCAAAAACGGGAGUCAACAAGCAAGGUUUUUAGCGUUAGGUGAGUUAUUUCUUAAUGAACUCGCUGUUGUGCGGAAGUUCUUGAGAUGGAGGUAAUUACCCACUCUGAUGACCGAGGCAUUUCAAGAGGAUCUUUGAGAUGAUGUGGUUGUUGGGAAUUAAACAUGGAAGGAUUGAUAACGACAACUUCCAAGAAAGAUUAACAAAUUGGCAUUUGGAUCGUGUAUACGACGGCAGUGACUUUUCUUAUUUUUCGACGUCGAACUGAACAUCCACAUCGACAUCAACAUGGUGAGCAGUCUUCAUCGAUAAUCAUACUUUGAAAAGGGAAAAUAUAGGUUUUAAAGGACGCGAUAAUUUGCGAGAAAGCAUUCACGAUUAAUGGCAUUAUUAGAAAGUUAGUUUGUCUGAUAGUCAAAUACUCUUAAUGAUUGGAACGGAUAUUUCCAGAACAGUGUACAGUGACCUUUGAAAGUAUUUUGCAUCUGUUUAUUUGAAACGCUCAAUUUCUUCUAUUUCGUGAUUCGAGGGAGCAGUCGAAAGUGGCGCCAUACAUGGCAUUUUUUAUAAUUUCAACCUUCAUGACCUUAAAUUUGCCUUUUAUCGUGUUUAUCAAAAGACAGGCUAGAAUCCGCACAAUCUGAAAAAGGGGUCACAUGUACUUUACAUAUCAAACACCAGCAUGACCAAUAUUGAUGAUAUUACUUUUUAGUGAAAUGAACAUUUUGAUGCGUGAACCGGGGAGGCUGGUUGUGCUCUUUUCAUGCCAAUACCGUAGAUGAAUUAGUCUGGAAAGGAUUAAAUCAAGGAUUGCAAUCUCGUUUUUGACUUGUCAAUAUCAGCAAAAUUUUGUAUGUGCCUUUGCCAAGUCUGAUGUUGGAGGAAGAAAUUUACCUCGAAUGAGUCGGCUUAGUGACUGAUGCGGAGACACGUACGCGUGCCGGGCAAACAUUGGGUUGGUUUCAGGAUAAUUAGGCAUCAAAGAAAUACCAACUCGACUUUGUUUAGAGGUUUAAGUAUAUUAAAUGGCUUUUAUAAGCCUAUAUCAAAAUCAUAUUUUGCAAAGUGAUGCAUUGGGCCUAAAUUCGGUUGUUUAAGAAUAAACUCCGAUCUGGUUAUUUUAUAAACUGGUGUAUAAAAAUAGUGUUUCAUCUAAACAAAACCUACUGUUGUGGUGACUUGCCUUUGUGGUAUGCCUUUCUUUAUAACCUCGAGUACUUGACUUCUCAAAAAUGGUAGUGACGUGAAUCGAUUUGCUACAAAUCUUCCUUGCCAUACUAACGGGGAAUGUCAUUUACAUGAUUUAGGUCAUCUGACUUUACAAAGGAGCAAUUUUCGCAACAUGGAGACGGCCACUGUUUCGACCCUGAUUAACAUGGAGCCAACGGCCAAUCCAAUAUUUGAGUUCACUGAUUACAACCAGCGAAUCGCCGUCGCAGUCCUCAUGGCCAUCAUCUUCAUCGUCGGCAUCAUCGGCAAUGGCCUGGUUUUAAUGGCUGUUUCUGUUUCCAGAAAGCUGCACACUUCCACAAACGCCUUCGUCGUCAGUCUUAGCGUGACGGAUUUCCUGACCUGCCUCGUGCUCCCGUUCCAGAUCAGUGGUGUUUUGAGCAGGACAGGAUGGAUGCUACCGUAUGCGUUAUGCAACAUUGUCGGCGGUGUCGCAAUCAGUUCCGCCAUAGCAAGUGUAAUCACCCUCGCGCAGAUCGCAAUCAACCGUUACGUUAUCAUUACGUCCGACCGACGCCGUUACGAGCAAAUAUUUUCGCCUCGCAACGUGUUUCUCAUGGUCGCGUUCUCCUGGCUAUUCCCAUUCAUGACAAUGGUUUUCCCACAGGCCAUUGGGUAUGGCAGGAUCGGCUAUACCAAUAAAUAUAAGCUUUGUCUCAUGGACGGAAAUCACAGAUACGCUCUCAUCUACGAGGUCGGUGCCGCCAUCAUCCAAUUCACCUGCUUCGUCGUCAUCACGGUCUGCUACGGACUGAUCUAUCGCUUCUUGCGCCAGAAGAUGUUCUUUAAACGAUCUCCAUCACCUAACUUCACAUCAAACGGCGGCAACACUCGUCGCGUCGUUCCAAGCACGUCAUCAACGGAGUUAUCGAAUACGCAGGCAACCAAGGACAGCGUCAAGGAAAUGAACGGCAAUGUGGUUGCGGGGGAGACUGAAAAGGGCGCGAAACUGCCGACGCGUCGAGAGGUGCAAAUCACGCGGAAUCUGUUUUACGUCGUCUGUGCGUUCUUCGUAUCCAUCAUACCGUACGCGAUCGCAGUGGCGAUUCCGAACAGCGGAAAGGUGCUGGUCUACCUAGGUGUGCUGGUGACCGCGUCGAGUAUCCUAAACCCCAUCAUUUAUGGCUUCAACCAUCCUCAUUUUCGCGUCAUAUUCAGGAUCAUAUUGCGAUGUGACUGGAAUAGGAUUCCCGAACCAUCUGCGUUUUUGAGAGCUAUACAGGGAAAGAGAUAACUUUGAAAAAUGUAUUUUUGUUCGAACACGAAUACUCCCACAGGUAUGAGAAUGACAGAUCUAAUGUUUGACAAAUAAAUUAAACAAUUGAAAUGCAUUAUACCGCUAACUGUAAAUUUACGAUAAGGGUUGAACUUCAUGGACUUUUUUCUAUUGACUAUCAUGGACCGUAGCUUUGGGCAAAAUAUUUAAAGCUAAAUUUCUAGAAGUCUUUUUUUCUUUAAUAUAAUCUAGCUGGUAAAUCAAAUUGGGUAACAAAAUGUUGGUAAGAAUUUUGUCUACGUGCAGUCGCCGCCAUUUGACCGAUGGGGAAUAAGCUCUUUUCUCAAUGUUGGUGGUAAUCUAACGCUACACUCACGCCAAUGAAACCGACCCGAAACCGACCGAUGGUUUGUCAUUAGAAAUAACGUAAUAAGCUUGGUUUGUUUGGAUUUGGUUUCACUGGUAUGAAGGUGGCCAUAAUCGUGGUCGCAUUGACCAUGUUGACGUUGGGCAAAGUACAGUUGGUUAAUUCUAUGAACAUAUAUCCACUGGUAAUUCUUAUAGCAAAAUUGGCAAAAUAAAAUAUUGAUCAUUCAUGAAUUUCAUAAUACUUUAUGAUUAACAGAAAAUACCGUUCUGCCUUAGCACAAAAAGCAGAAUGAGAUUAACGUAUCCGCUGCAAAAAAUGCAGCCCAGAAUCUGUAUAUAGAAUAUAUAGCAUAAUGACCACAAGGCCACAAGUCAUGAUGGAAGUGUUGAAACAACACGAAUUUAGAUUUAAACCGAAUGCUGUUUUAACACUUGCUGUUGUAGUUUAAACAAACUUGGUGUUAGCUUAAAAAAAACGGAACUGCGGACUGUUGUAUAAAAUACAAACUCUGAAAAAAAAAAGAGUUUUUGUCUCGCCUGCAUUGCUGAGUGAGACUAUGGGGCCUCUUUUCCGACGGCGUUGUCAACAUUGAACUUUGAAAUGUGUACGGACCUAAUUCAUGAAACCUGGGCAUAAGGAUAAUUAAGUAUUACUUAACAUCCUGCCCGAGUUUCAGGUCACAUGACCAAGAUUUUUUAGGUUUUUUAGGGUCAAUUAACUUAGACCAUGUAGGGGGAAUAAAUGUCGAAAUCUUUAACCAAGGUUACGUUUUUGAAAUGUCAUCAUAACUUUAAAAGCUUAUGGAUCUAGUUAAUGCAACUUAGGUAUAAGAGCAAUCAAGUAUCACAUAACAUCAUGUGUGAGUUUCAGGUCAUACAUGUAUGACCAAGGUCAUCUAAGGUCAAUUAACUUUGGCCAUGUUGGGAGUGUUUGUUGAAUUGCCAUCAUAACUUUGAAACAUUAUGGAUCUAGUUCAAGAAACGCCCGGGGGAGUCAAAUGUAUUGCUGUACACAUGCGUGACCAAAUUAUUGCCAAACACCGCCUAAACGAGUUUUUCUCUGUGCGCAAAAUAAUUGCCCUUAUGUGCAUUAUAUGGAACUGUCAACAUAUGUUUAUAUAUCUAUAAAAUAUGUAUAUCAAUGUGUAAUGUCAAAUUAUCUUUAUUUUCAAAUCAUGUUCUCAUUUUUAUUAUCGAAGUACAGUAAAAAUCUAGUAACCACGUUAACCUCAUUUUUUCCAUGUACUCUUGUUCAGAUGAGCAGAAUUUGUCUAUUAAUCAAUCAGUUUUAUCUUAA